GCAAAUGUGGUUUAUGAAUAUUUAUUGACCAAGUUAAACAGACAGCAUCGAGAUAUGAAAUAUGCAAUAUGCUAGACUGGUGUCUAAAGACUGGAGAUCAGGUAACACUUUUAAGUUAUCAAACUUAUGUGUUGAGUCUAAACUGAACUAAACUAGACUUUUUGAUGAGGGGACAUCUAACAUGGUAGAAAACUCCAAAUAAGUUAUAUUUUGCACAAUACCCUCUCUGGGUAACUCUUAACUUCCAGUGGAGGGGCUGCCACCUACUUGUCUCCAUGGAGAUGUUAUCGCUUUGUCUGAAAUGUUCUACAAUCUGGCAUUAAACUUGUCUAUCACUAUGGAGACAGGCAAGGAAACACAGGUGACUUCCCAUGGAGUAACAAUGCUUGCUUUUUACAAACUCUCUAAGCAAUAACCUAAUACAAGUUUACCCCACACCAGAAAAGCUACACAGUGAAACUUUAAUUUCAGUGCGUGUGCGAGCGCGUGUGUGCUUGGUCUUUAAUCCUGUUUAGUCCAGAGCUCUGCUGUAGUAUAUAUUUAGCAGGAAUCCUCUUACAGGAUUCAAACUACUCAUAUCUUGCGGGUUUCCUGCCUGCUCUGGAAUGCCUCACGUGCUUUCCUGUGACUCAACCUGUGCAUCUGUGGGACAGGGCCCCCACACCGUAACGUCCUGAUCAAACUUCAGUUCAAUGUAUUUUGUAGAGCCCAAAGUCACAUCAACAGUGGCAUUGGUCAAUAAAAAAAAACAAAAAAACAUUCAAGGCAGUGCUAAAAUCAGUCGCAUCCUCUGUGAGGACCCCAGCACCUGAUGCCUGGCUCUCAUGAGUGUCUGUGUCCACGUCUCUCUGUGAUUGAAGCCUGGUAAUAGACGCUGACACAUCCGAGUUUAUUGUGAAAGUCCGAGGCGGACGUGCGGUAGUGCCUGGGCGUAACUUCAGUCUGUCCACUUCGGCGUUGGGAGAGACCACACCUCACCCCGCUCUGGGACGGGGCUCUACGGGACGAAACCACAGGAAGGGACCGAGGACAGCCGAAGGUGUACUGUUUGCAGCGCUGUUCCAGAAGGAGUGAGCUGGCCCUCCUUGCAGCUGGAAAAUGCCUGCAAAGACGCCUAUCUACCUGAAAACUCCAACAGACCGGAGAGGCAGAAAACUGAAGCUUCGGGAGGUCCUGUCUGGGGACAUGAUCAGCCCACCUCUGGGCGAUGUGAGGCACAGUGCCCAUGUGGGCCUCCAGGGAAUGGGCGACAUGUUUGGGGACGUGGCUUUCCUUCAAGGCAACAUGGACAUGCUCCCCCCUCCCAAUGGACAUGGGUCCUCCCCCCAGGCUCUCCACCCACACCAGAGCCCCUAUGACUCUAACCCCCAGCCUCUGUGGACAACCACCUCUCUGCCCCUGCUCAUGGCCCAGGAGGAUGCACCACCCAAGCCCCCUCGUCUGCACCUGGACAUUCCCCGUCAACAUGGACCUGAAUCCUGUUCACACCUGGACACACCCGCUCAGCAUGGGUCCAACCCCUGCCCACACUUGGACACACCCACUUACCAUGGGCCUACCCUCUGUGCACAAACAAACAUCUCCCUAUCUCCCACCAUACAGCAGCUGGUUCCCUUGUCUAACUCGUCUUCAGAGGAUUCCUUGCUGGACACUUGCAGGCCCCUGGGGGUCUCACAGGGCCUCUCUCUUGACUCAGAUGCAGGUCUGAGUAAUGAAGACCUGCGCAGUGAUGGCUCCCCUCUGCUGCUUCCUAUUUCCACAACACUUCCUCACUCGGAGUCCAUGGCUGCACUGAACUUGGACUUGGGACCCUCCAUCAUGGACGACAUACUGAGAAUCAUGGAUCGCUACAGGGGCUCCUCUCCAGCCCCGGGUCUGUGAUCAGUGGAGGAAUAUGUGAAAGUGUCUGCUGGAAGGGGGGAUAUGUGGCCUAUAGCAUGUACAAAACAAUGCAAAGAUGAAAGAGUUUAUUUGUUUUCAGUCAUGUGCUCUGACUUUACAUAAGACACAGAAAGUGCACAGGCUUCAUCUAUGAGACCCAAUGUAGUGUAGUAAAACUCUAAUCUAUGAAUGUAAUGUGCUUCAGAGUAGAACUCUGGAUACUCUCCAUUAGAACACUAAUCUGCUCCUGUUCAGGGCUCUUCAGCAGCUGUGGACUACUUCAACUUUGAAUCUAUCAACCGCUUAUGCCUUUAAAAUGAAACACAUGUAUUUUAUAUGAUGUCACUUAGAAGCGUUUAUUUAACUGGACUGUUUUAUUUUAAGCUAUAGAUUCAAGUGAAUACUCAAGGAAUGUCUAAUAAAAGUGCAAGAGCUGCUAAGGAGAGGCACAGAACUGAGACAUGUAUGCAGCAUACAGCAGGACCAAAAACUGUACAUGGGGAUGAGAGUCCCACUGUACUUGAGUCAAUUGCCAAUAAAUGAUACAUUUA